AUGAUGACUCCACAAAUGAUGUCUUUUCCAAAUUUCAUUAGAGAAGCGGAACAAACUACUAGACCAUUAGAUCAUGCCUUCCCACCUUUGAAAGUAGAACACAAGUAUAAAAGUGUUUACGAAAGAGCCGGGUUUGAUGUAAAUAAAGGUGACAAUAGUCACCGUAAUCAAAGUGAUAAUAAAUCGAUUGGUUCAGGUAUGAAAAAGAGGAAUUUUUCCAAUCCUAGGAUACAACAUGGCAGUACAAACAACUCAUCAUCAUCAUUGCCACAGGUAAACACUAGAAAGGCACCAAUUCCUCCACCACAAUUGAAGACUGAUUCUUCGGAUCGAGUAGUGUCCCCCACUUCGUCUAGUUCAUCUAAAUCCAGCAAAUCGCUGUCAAUGAAUUCAAAUUUUACUGGCACACAUAAAAGCAAUAGCUCUCACACCACUUUGAGAAAUACUGCUGAAUUCAACGGUGCAUUUGAACAACCAUUGACAACAGGGUCUUCAACAACAACAUUUUUCGGUGAAAAUGAUGUACAACCAAAGCCUUCAAAUGGUAACCCAAUGUCUACUGUCGAUGUUGGGCUAACAGCAGCUAACACUAAUGUUCCAACAAAGCCACAUUUUGACAACAAAUCAAUGCAUGAACACCACCAAAUCGGCUCAAACGUACUAUCAGAAAAUAAGAAUGCAUCAAUAACAACAAGAAAUGAGGAUAAUUCACCUAAUAGACCUGCUUUUGACGCACAUAACGACCAAUUUGAUUUCAGUCCUUCACCUAGUCAAAGUGGGAAAAACUUGAAGAAUUUAAAACUUGAGUUAAAUCAUGAUAACUUGUCCGAUACUAGCAGCUUGCCAGAUGUGAACCAGAACCAAAAGUUUGAAUCUUCAAAUAAUCCAUAUCAAUCUAGAAACUCUUCUAGUGAUGGUCCAGUAAAAGAUAUUUAUGCACAACAAGGAUAUCAAACGCAAUCACAACCAAAUUCUCAACCUGGAUCUGCUAAUUCAGGAGUCAGAUUUGAUCCUAGAAGACAGCGUCAUCAACCAGCAAGUGCUACUUCAAGUAAAUUUCCUGCUCAAAAUUCCCCUCAAUAUCCAAUGGUACACCCACAACAAAGGGGACCAGCUCCUUAUCCAGCGAGUCCAAUGGGCACGCCUGGUCAUGGCUCUCAAUAUCCUCCGCCACCACCAUCACAACAACAACAACGUAAUAUGUCACCCACAAGUGGACACUCACAACAACGCAUUGUUUCUCCUGUAAGUAUGCAUUCACAACAACGUCACAUGUCACCAACAGGUAUGCACCACCACCAACAAAUGCAAAAUCAAAGACCAAAUCAACCACCAGUGCCACGAAUGGGAGGUAUGCACCCAAAUCCGAAACAACCACAAUUGCCAUUAAUGACUCUUGGUGGUCAGAAACAACCAUACUAUCCACAAUCACCAGGUGCCCCACCAUUAAGACUGCAAAAUAGACCUUAUCCACAGCCCCAAGGAAACGUGCAUGGCCAUCCACCAGCUCACCAACUGGGAAUGCAGCAACAACAACAAGGUUAUCCACGCCCACAAGGUCCACCACAACAGACUAGACAAAGACAACAAACUUAUUCUCAAAUAAGAGAUGACAAGUUGUCAUCUGCAUUGAAUGAGUUUAAGAGUGACUAUGAAAGUCAUAAAGGAAGUAACGAUUCACCUACAACAUCAAAUACAGAAACAGAUUUGCCAAGUUCUUCAUCUUCAGACUUGGAUUUAUAUAAAUCUACGCCUGCAAAGGACUCUUUGAAUAAUACUCCUGAAAUCAAUGAUUAUAGAUUUUCUUAUGAAGCCACUAAACAACAACAACAGCAUCAAGUAAAACCAGUGGCAGCAACAACCGCCACCAAUGAUCCUUCUGCACAAUUCCAAAAUUUCACUACACAACAAUUGGCCAAAGAAGGUGAUUUAAAUACCGAAUAUCAACAAUUUUUGAAACAAAAAGAAAUUGGUAAACGUGAUAAUUAUGAUAAUCGUCAUUUAUCUAUGGUCAGUUCUAUAAUCAGUAAAGAAUCCAAUAACAGUAAUGAGGAUGAAAUUGAAAAGGAAUUAGAAAGACAAUUGGAAAAGUUGAAAAUGUCAGGCAGUAGUAUUAAUCUUAGUAAAGUUGAAUCACAAGGUGGUAAUGGUAGUAAUGCUGGUACUGAUUAUGCUACACCUGAUACUACUAUGAUAAUUCCCAAAUUUAAUAUCCAAGAUGUUGAUGACGAUCCUGAACCACAAUUGGAGAAUGUACAAAAUGAAUUAGAAUUAGAAGAAGAGACUACUAGACCAUUGACUAUUACUCGUACAAAUUCAACCUAUGAAGAUGAAGUGGCACCAGCACAAGUGGAAGAACCAAUUGCUAAAAGUGUUAAAUUCACUGAAUUACAACCUGAAGCAAAAAUCACAUCUAAUGUUCCACAACCUCAGCCUGGUUAUCCAAUCAAUGAUUCAUUUGGAAUUGAUGAUGAUGAUAAUGAUAAUGGAGAUGAUGAAUAUGUUAAACCAUUAUCACCUAAAAAUCAUUUAAUUGAACAAGAAUUACAAAGUAUGAAUUUCCAAAUAUCACAAACCACUGAAUCACCAACGACAUUAAUCAAUCAAACAUUUGAAUCCACCACCAUCGCCACCAAGGACCCAUUACCAUCAGGUACUGGACCUUGUAGAUCGUGUCAUGAAUCUAUUUCUCCUGAUGCCAAAGGUCAAUUACGUGCCAUUUAUUCUAAAACUGGUGAAUUAUCAGGUCAAUGGCAUAGGAAAUGUUUCCAAUGUUGUUAUCAUGAAGGUGAUGCUACAGACGGCAUUAAAUGUAAUAUUCAAUUCAAUAAACAUGUUCAAUGUUAUGUUUUUGAUGAUCAACCAUAUUGUUUCCAACAUUAUCAUAUUUUAAAUAAUUCAAUUUGUCAACAUUGUGAAGACGGAAUUGAAGGAGAAUGUAUCGAAAAUGAAUUGAUGGAAAAAUGGCAUUUACAAUGUUUGAAAUGUUCAAAUUGUCAUAUGGGGAUUAGACAAGAUUAUUAUAUUGUUAAUGAACAUGAUAUUAUAUGUCAUGAAUGUAAAACAAAUAAUAAUAUGGGAUUAAAUGUUCAAGAUAGGAUUGAAAAAAGAAGGACAAGAAUUUAUAAUAAUGUGUAA